UGAGUCCCUGCGAGGUGUGCGGGCCCGGGCCGGAGCCCCGCGGCGCAGAGGCCGGAGCGGAGCUGUCAGCAUGGCCGGUGGCCCUGAGCCCUACAUUGAAAUAUUUGAGCAACCCAGGCAAAGGGGCAUGCGUUUCAGAUACAAAUGUGAGGGAAGAUCAGCAGGCAGCAUUCCAGGAGAACACAGUACUGAAAACAAUAAGACCUUCCCUUCCAUCCAGAUUCUGAACUAUUUUGGAAAAGUCAAAAUAAGAACUACACUGGUAACGAAGAGUGAGCCCUACAAGCCACACCCUCAUGAUCUGGUUGGAAAAGACUGCAGAGAUGGCUACUACGAAGCUGAGUUCGGGCCAGAACGGCGAGUCCUGUCUUUUCAGAACUUGGGCAUUCAGUGUGUGAAGAAGAAAGACCUGAAGGAAUCAAUUUCCUUACGAAUCUCCAAGAAAAUUAACCCUUUCAAUGUGCCUGAGGAGCAGCUGCACAACAUCGAUGAGUACGACCUCAACGUCGUCCGACUCUGCUUCCAAGCUUUCCUUCCCGACGAGCACGGCAACUACACGAUAGCCCUUCCUCCUCUGAUUUCCAACCCCAUCUAUGACAACAGAGCUCCCAACACCGCAGAAUUGAGAAUUUGUCGUGUGAACAAGAACUGUGGAAGCGUCAAAGGAGGAGAUGAAAUAUUUCUGCUGUGCGACAAAGUUCAGAAAGAUGACAUAGAAGUCAGGUUUGUCCUGGACAACUGGGAGGCCAAAGGUUCCUUCUCCCAGGCCGACGUUCACCGCCAGGUCGCAAUCGUGUUCCGGACGCCGCCGUUCCUCAGGGACAUCACCGAGCCCGUCACGGUGAAGAUGCAGCUGAGGAGACCCUCUGACCAGGAAGUCAGCGAACCCAUGGAUUUCAGAUACCUGCCAGAUGAAAAGGAUCCAUAUGGCAACAAAGCAAAAAGGCAGAGAUCAACGCUGGCUUGGCAGAAGCUCAUACAGGACUGUGGAUCAAACACGAUGGAGAGGCCCAAAGUAGCCCCAUUCCCUGUUGUCACUCCUGAAGGGAAGCUGAUUAAGAAAGAACCAAACAUGUUUUCCUCCACGCUGAUGAUGCCGUCAGGGUUGGGAGCCCUGUCCAACACGAGCCAGCUGUACCCGGGCUGCUCGCACACGCCGGCGCUGGGGCCGGGCAAGCAGGACGUGCUGUCCCCGAGCUGGCUGCACGGCUCCGCGUCCCCGGCCGGGCUGCUCGGCUCCCACCUGCACAGCAGCUUCUCCACGGAGCCCCAGCCCAGCGCCCCGAGCAGCAGCUCCCUCCCGGCCUUCCACGACAGCGCCCUGGCCUGGCCCGAUGAGAAGGAUUCGGGCUUCUUCCGGACCUACGGCAGCACCAACGGGCUGGGAGCCGUGGUGCUGUCGGCCGCCGAGCUGCAGAGCCUCCCCGGCGGCUCCGGCGUGCUCGGCAUGGACACGGACGACGUGAACUGCAGCAGCAUCAGCCUGGAGAAGUUCAGCGCCGUGCUGGGCAGCCACCGGCAGCAGCUGCAGCUGCCCACGGCCAACGCGGGCAGCGGAGCCGCCGCCUUCGCCUCGCAGCCCGGCCUGGCCGACCCCGGCUACGGCUUCAUGGAGCAGGAGGUGCUGAGCGAAGCCAGACUGUCCAGCGGCCACCAGGGCAGCCUGGCAGACGGCCAGUUCUACGACACCGACGGUGUCCACACUGACGAGCUCUAUCAGUCCUUCCCCUUCGAUAACAUUUUACAGAGCUAUAACCCGUGAGCCGGCGGCGCUGGGUACGUAGAGCUCCCCGGGCGCUGCUGCGUGGAGAGGAGUAAUUUACCCUUCUGGAGUCCCUGCUUUCUCUUUCAGAAUGUUGCUGUGCGAGUUCCGUGACAUAACUUAAAAUGUUAUUUAUUGCAGCCCAUAGUGGUGCCCGUAAAGUGGGAGGUGGGAGUGGGGUUUGGGGUUUCUGUACCUUAAAAGUACCUUGAAGACGUAUUUUUGCGCUGUUGGAAGUGGGAACUGUUAACACUUAAAGCUUCCUUACCUUUGGGGACUGUAAAAGCUGGCAUCUUCAGAAGGGUUAAAAUUUCAAAUACUUCACAGGGUUAAAGUUGUUUUGAAAUAGGCAUUUUUGCUAUAGAAAUUAAAUUGAAAUUUUGAUAGGACAGAAAUUAGGAAACAAAACUGGCACGUGAGCACUCGAGUUCAGUCUCAUCUAAUGAAUGACGUCUGAGUUCUGCUCAACUUACUUGAAAGGUUUAGGUUUUUAACCCCCUUUCCAUAAAUAUUCUUCUCCUAAAAUGAGAACAUGUAUUGAUUUUCCACACUGUCACCACACUCCAUUUGCUUUGAAGGCAAAUUUACUCGUAAAUUUUUUUUAAUGACUAUGUCAUUGUUAGAUAUAUUUAAAAAGACCGGAAGGUUUGAGUUUUUAAAUAGUCCAGCUCUGUUGUAAAGGAAAUCACUGCACAAGAGAAGGAACAGAAAGUGAGGACUUGUCUGCACUUCAUCCAGAGUGCACUAUUUUACAAGCCAUGCCCCUGUUGCUUUAGGAGUGAAGCUGUUAUUGCUCUGCAAGUUGUGUGUGUGUGUGUGUGUGUGUGUGUGUGUGUAGCUGCGAUGCGAGUGAGAUUUGGAAAGGCAGAAAUCUCUGGAGCCGAAGUAUCCGCUUACUCUUUCCUCAGGUAUCCCGGCAGUUUCCUGCUAUGCAAGUGACUGCUUCAAAGGUGGCUCACAUCUUGCCUCCCUCCCCAGCACCACCCCCUCCCAGGAGAGCAAAGCCAGGGGCUGCCUUGGUGCAGCCUCACCUCUGUUAACAACUUUUAAAGCCAUUUCAGUCAGUAGUAAUUAAAAACACUCCUCUGUCCUCUGUAUCAGGAACCAGAACUUCCCUCCCACUUGAUUCCCAGUCUUCGCUCUUAGCCCGAGCAGGAGCUGUUCCUGACACCUCCAGCUGGAGGUAACUGGCUGGGUAAGACACUCUGGCCUUGGCUACUUUUUUAUACUGUUACUUUUUAAGAAGCAACACAGAGAAAUGUCUGAGUAUUUCUUAAGUGCCACAGCUGCUCUUUAGGGCAGAUAAAGCUCAAAGGUCUCCGUUGCACAAAUUGCACAAUCAGAGCAGCGACAAAAAAAGCAAUAAAACGUCCUAAACCCACCCUCCCAAAUCACAAAAGCCAUUUGAGAUGUAGAGUUGUACACAAGGAAAGGUGCUCCAGAACCCCUCUGUGCCUUACAGGAAAGCAGGGAUGCCUUCCCUGCAGGAAUCCAUUGCAUUGGGAGCACUCCGGUGCUACUGCUGGAAUUCCAUCACACCGGCCUGACACUCAGGGGAGCUCCUGAAACUGCUUCCCCUAACUCAGGUGCACAACAAAACUAAUUGACUCCCCCUGUUUUAAAGCAGUUUUUACUACCUUCUGCACCUCUCCUCCACACUCUCAAGCAAUAGAAAGACCAAAAAAAAUAUGCAGGAAGUUUGAAACGUGUUGUUUAUUCUGUUCUUUUUUUUUUUUUUUGAAGUUCUCAGUUUUAGUUAUAUUAAAUGUAAACAUUUUACUCACUUCAUAGAAAGCUCUUUAUAGUACAAUUUGUUUUUACUGUAUAAUUAAAUAUUUUCAAAGUUCUGUUUUCCUUUGUAAACGAGUUGGUUUGGUAAUUAAAAAAAAACUGGUUAUA